AUGCGAGAUUAUUCGUUUACCUCUGAAGAACCUGGAGUCUUAGUACCUGAGACACAGAUAAAUACCGAUGAAGAAGAUGUCGUUCGUCAUCGUGAAGACCAGCCCCUGCUUCACGCUCCCGAUGAGGAGACCUGGAAACCCCCACGAGGGUUUACAUGGAUUCAGCUAGCCAUCAUGUCCAACGUCUUUCUCUAUGGGCUUGACAGUACUAUCACUGCCGCCACAUACGCUGUCAUCAGCUCCGAAUUUGAUGCGGCCAACACAGCCUCAUGGUUAACUACUUCGUAUCUUAUCACGAGCACGGCGUUUCAGCCGCUCUAUGGAAGAGUGUCUGAUAUUUUUGGUCGACGUUUGUGCUUCUUUAUAUCAACUAUCACCUUUGCUCUUGGGUGUCUUGGGUGUGGUGUUGCGAGUAAUGUGGUUUUCCUCAACAUCAUGAGGGCAUUGACUGGCUUUGGUGGAGGAGGUCUGAUGACAAUGGCUACCAUUGUCAACUCAGACAUGAUUCCAUUCCGUAAACGUGGAAUGUAUCAAGCUCUUCAGAACGGUAUCUAUGGGUUUGGAGCCAUAUCUGGAGCCUGCUUUGGAGGCUCAAUUGCAGACCACAUAGGAUGGCGAUGGUGUUUCCUGCUUCAAGCCCCGGUCUCGGUUGCAGCCUUGAUCAUUGGAGCUCUAGUCGUCUCUGACCAAACUACAUAUUCUGUAUCUGAGAGUAACCUGGAUACUGUUUGGAAGAGAGUUGACUUUACUGGGUCUCUAUUAAUGGUCUUGGCAGUCUCUGUUCAACUCUUAGGGCUAAGCCUUGGGGGCAACGAGCUCCCGUGGAGCAGUCCUUGGGUCAUUGGAUGUCUGGUCGGUAGCAGUGCUUUAUUCGUGUUGUUCUUUCUCGUCGAGGCAAAGACGAGUGCUAUUCCAGUUAUACCUCUUCGAUUGCUGCAAGGAAGGCUCCCCAUUUCGACGCAGUUCACUAAUGUCUGCGCAGGCAUGGCCGCUUAUGGUUAUCUAUUCAUGCUCCCGCUUUUCUUCCAAGUUGUUCUCCUUGACUCAGCUACCACUGCUGGGGCUCGACUUGCGAUUCCAUCUCUAGCGACUCCAAUUGGCGGUGUUAUUGCUGGUGUCGUAAUGUCUCGCUGGGGCAAGUUGCUCACUCUUGUGCGCAUCGGAGCCUUCUUGAUGGUAUUAGGGAAUGGCUUAGUGACUUCGCUACGGUUCCAAGACUCAAAGUGGAAGUACUUUAUUUAUGUCUUUCCAGCGAAUCUUGGCCAAGGCAUUAUUUAUCCCGGAAUUCUCUUUACUUCGCUUGCUUCAUUCUCGCAUUCUGACCAUGCAGUUACCGCCUCAACGGUGUAUCUCGUCCGUUCGAUGGGAACAGUUUGGGGCGUUUCGACUACUUCUGCCAUUGUGCAAACCACUCUUAGCGCCCGCUUGCCGGAAGCAUUGAGCGGCGUACCAGAUAAAUGGAGUAUCAUUGAGCAAAUUCGACACUCGGUCGAUUACAUCCACGAGCUCCCCUUAGACCUGCAACUCAAGGUUCGUUUAGUCUAUUAUGAUGGAAUCAGAUAUGCCUUUGGUGUCUCGACUGCCGUCGCUGUGGUAGGGUUCUGUGCCGCUUGCAUCGCCAGCGGAACUGGACUUCGAACUACUCACAAAUAG